AUGAGAGAAGUCAUCAGCUUGAACGUCGGCCAGGCCGGCUGUCAGAUCGCGAAUUCAUGCUGGGAGCUCUACUGCCUUGAGCACGGCAUCCAGCCCGACGGUUACAUGACCGAGGAGCGCAAGGCCGCCGCCAACGACCAUGGCUUCAGCACUUUCUUCUCCGAGACUGGCCAGGGCAAGUAUGUACCGCGAACCAUCUACUGCGACUUGGAGCCGAACGUCGUCGACGAGGUCCGGACUGGCACCUACCGCGGCCUUUUCCACCCUGAGCAGAUGAUCACUGGCAAGGAGGAUGCGUCCAACAACUACGCUCGUGGUCACUACACCGUGGGCAAGGAGCUCAUCGAUCAGGUUUUGGACAGGGUUCGACAUGUCGCAGACAACUGCUCUGGUCUGCAAGGUUUCCUCGUCUUCCACUCCUUCGGUGGUGGCACUGGGUCCGGUUUCGGUGCUCUUCUGAUGGAGCGGCUGUCCGUCGACUACGGCAAGAAGAGCAAGCUCGAGUUCUGUGUCUACCCAGCUCCUCAAGUCGCCACCUCCGUUGUCGAGCCAUACAAUUCAAUUCUUACCACCCACACCACCCUCGAGCACUCCGACUGCAGCUUCAUGGUCGACAACGAGGCUAUCUACGACAUCUGCCGGAGGAACCUGGGCAUUGAGCGACCGAACUACGAGAACCUCAACAGGCUCAUCGCACAGGUCGUCUCAUCCAUCACCGCCUCCCUCCGCUUCGACGGCUCCCUCAACGUCGACCUCAACGAGUUCCAGACCAACCUCGUCCCAUAUCCACGCAUCCACUUCCCGCUUGUGGCCUAUGCUCCUGUCGUAUCCGCAGCCAAGGCCGCCCACGAGGCCAACUCCGUCCAGGAGAUCUCGAUGGCCUGCUUCGAGCCCAACAACCAGAUGGUCAAGUGCGACCCGCGCAACGGCAAGUACAUGGCCACAUGCCUGCUGUACCGUGGCGACGUUGUGCCCAAAGACGUCCACACCGCUGUCGCUACCCUCAAGACGAAGCGCACCAUCCAGUUCGUCGACUGGUGCCCGACUGGCUUCAAGAUCGGUAUCUGCUUCCAGCCGCCCCAGAAUGUGCCCAAUGGCGACUUGGCCAAGGUCAACCGCGCUGUCUGCAUGCUCUCCAACACCACCGCCAUCGCAGAGGCCUGGUCAGCUCUGUCUCACAAGUUCGACCUCAUGUACUCCAAGCGCGCCUUCGUGCACUGGUACGUCGGCGAAGGUAUGGAGGAAGGCGAGUUCUCCGAGGCCCGUGAGGACUUGGCUGCUUUGGAGCGCGACUAUGAGGAGGUUGCUGCGGACUCCAUUGAAGGCGAGGAGGGAGCUGAGGCUGAGUACUAG